UUUUUUUACAGGACGUUUUUACUCCUACACCGCCGGUACAAGCGUUCAAAGGAUCGAGAUGAAAAUUGAAAUAAAACGUUAGUCUUGCAGAAUGGGGGAUAUUGAUUUUGAGGAGCAACUAGAAUUAGAGCGACUGGAGAGAGAGAAAGCGGAGAAAGAAAAGCAGGCACCACCGGGAGUCAGGGAGGACCCAGAUGGCACCAAAUAUGAAUGGGACCCAGACAGGCAGGCGUGGUUCCCUAAGAUUGAUACUGACUUCAUUGCCCAAUACCAAAUGAAUUAUGGAGUGGCAGAGGAAGCUGGUGGAGAAACUGACAAGGAAAAACAGAACUAUGAAUAUUAUCAGAAUUACUAUGCGGCGGCCAUGCGGGAGGAGCAGCUAUUGUCAUGGAAACCAAAGGAAUCUGCCGAGGAUGAGAGCCAUGAGGAGACUGUGCAGAAGCUGGAGCAUCUAGAGAACACCUGGCAGGCAGGGGGAGAUGAGUCCGAAGAAGAAAUGUUGAAAUACACAGAUGAACAAAAGAAACAGUAUAACGAGUACUGGUCAUACUAUUACGGCUCCGACUACCAUGACUACUAUGCUGACUGCAUGGCCCAGUAUGAGGCAGGGGCCAAAGGGGGAGGAGUCAACACUGAAAUGGAUGGAGUCAUUCAAGAGACAAGCAGCACUCAAGUUGAUGCUGACAAGAAGAAGAAGGCUAAGAAGAAAAGACCACCACCCAGAGAUGAGGGUUGGUUUGACGUCAAUGAUGAACACAAUACAAAUGUCUAUGUAUCAGGAUUGCCGUUCGACAUCACACAGGAGGAGUUCAAGGAAAUGAUGACCAAGUACGGCUUGGUUAUGUACGACCCCCGCAGCAAACAGCCGAAACUGAAGCUAUACCUUGAUGAGAACGGACAGCCCAAGGGAGAUGGCCGCUGUUGCUUCAUUAAGAAAGAGUCCGUGGAUCUCAUACUUAACCUGCUUGACGGGGCCGACUAUAGGGGCCACACAAUAGCAGUGCAGAGGGCCCAGUUCACCAUGAAGGGGAACUAUGACCCCACAAAGAAAAAGAAGAAACUGUCCAACAGGGAGAAGAACAAGUUGAAAGAAAGACAGGCAAAAUUGUUUGACUGGCGCCCAGACAAGCCUCGAGGGGCAAGAGAGAAGCAUGAAAAGGUGGUCAUACUGAAGAAUGUCUUUGACCCCAGCCAGUUUGAGGAUGACCCAGUGAAGAUCCAGACCCUGAAAUCAAACAUCCAGACCGAGUGUGGGAAGUACGGAGACGUGAAGAAAGUGGUCGUGUAUGAUAGACACGAGGAUGGUGUGGUCCAGGUGCACUUUUCGGAAGCAGAGGAGGCUGACAUGUGUGUGGAGUACAUGAACCAGCGCUUCCUGGCGCUGCGGCGCCUCCUGGCUGCCACCUGGGACGGCAAGACCAAGUACGAGGUGCUCGAGUCUGAGGCUGAGAGGGAGGAGAGGAUAAAGAAGUGGGCAGAGUUUCUGGAGACGGGUGGGGAGGGCGGAGUUAAAGCGGCAGCUGGGAAUGGUGCAGUUGGGGGCGAAGUUACUGGGGUUACUGAAUCAGGCAGUAGUUCAACUAAUGUUGGCGAUGGUGUUAAUAAACACUCGGAAGGAGAUGGUACUGUUUCUAGUGGGAAUGGAGUGUCUUUGGAUGCUGAAAACAGUGCAAGUGCUGAUGCUUUACCAGAAACUGAUGGUGGUGCUUCUACUGCCACUGGUUCUGAUGAUUACAUCACCUCUACAGGAACAGAUACUGAUAUGAUUAUCAGUGCUGAAACUGCACUAGAUGUGGGUGGUUCGGCUGAGGUUGAAGUUGAUUUACAGAGUGAAGCUCUAGACUCUAUGUCUGAUAGAGAUGCAAACGCAGGGGAUCAAGAGAAUGAUAUGGAUCAGGUGACUAGUACAACGGCAAACCUGGAUAAUUACAAUAGCAGUGAGAAUGUGGAAAACAGCACAUAAAAUCUUAAAUGUGUUGUUUGGAAUUCUAUUGAGAGCUUCAGUACCUGACAAUGAAAUUUCACGUUAUGCAGUGUGUUUAAUGGUAAUACUUGCUAUGUUUUGGAAGUAAAAGAAUUAUUGAAUGAUGAGAA